AUGGGAAGGGACACCAGUGUCCCCCAGCACCCAGUGCCAUUGCCCUCCUGCACCCCACGGCCCUGCUGAGUGCAGAGCCGCAUCCAUCCGGAUGGACACGGCCUCGGGGAGCCCCCCGGGGGGGUACUCGGUCCCAGCCACCGCCGCCAUCGCCGCUGCCAUCACCUUCCUGGUGCUGUUCACCAUCACUGGCAAUGUGCUGGUGAUCGUGGCUGUUCUGCACAGCCGCUCACUGCAGGCACCCCAGAACCUGUUCCUGGUGUCGCUGGCGGCCGCCGACAUCCUGGUGGCCACACUCAUCAUCCCCUUCUCCUUGGCCAACGAGCUCCUGGGUUACUGGUGCUUCAAGCAGACGUGGUGUGAGGUGUACCUGGCGCUGGACGUGCUGUUCUGCACCUCAUCCAUUGUACACCUCUGUGCCAUCAGCCUGGACCGAUACUGUGCCGUGAGCCGCGCCAUCGAGUACGGCACCCGGCGCACACCGCGGCGCAUCAAGUGUGCCAUCCUGGUGGUGUGGACCAUCGCCGCGGCCAUCUCCCUGCCGCCGCUGGUCUACAAGGGUGAUGAGAAACCGGUGACGGGUGAGCGGCCGCAGUGCAAGCUCAAUGGUGAGGCCUGGUACAUCCUGUCCUCCAGCAUCGCCUCCUUCUUCGCCCCAUGUCUCAUCAUGAUCCUCGUCUACCUGCGCAUCUACCUGAUCGCCAGGCGCCGGCACCGCCGCUCCGGUGCCACCAAACCCCUGCCGGUGCCGCCUGCCCCACCGGUGGACAGGGCCUCAUUGCUGAGCCCUGAGGUGCCCCCCAGCACCGGGGCAGGGAUGGCCCCGAUGGCCUCGGGACCCCAUAGGGACACGGUGGUUACCAGGCAGGUGGUGCUGGCACAGCCGCGCUCACCGGUGCCAUGGCGGAGGAAGGCUCACGUGGCGCGGGAGAAGCGUUUCACCCUGGUGCUGGCCGUGGUCAUUGGUGUCUUCAUGCUCUGCUGGUUCCCCUUCUUCUUCCUCUACAGCCUGGGUGCUCUGUGCCCCCAGCGCUGUGGGGUCCCCGAUGGUGUCUUCCGGUUCUCCUUCUGGAUCGGGUACUGCAACAGCUCCCUCAACCCCGUCAUCUACACCGCCUUCAACCGCGACUUCCGCAGGGUGUUCUGCCGCCUGUUGCGCCGCUGCCGGCCCCCGACGCCAUGGUGAGGGGCUCGGCAUUGAUGCCCCCCCCCCAUCGCUGCUUGUUGCCAGGUAUCCAUGCGGAUCUGGUGCAUGGAAUGGGGGA